UCUAACGAUGUUUGUGUGAAACGAAACGUGAAUAGAAGAGACAAAAAUAAUAACAUUAAAAAUUAAAAUCAGAAUUCACAAUUCAGAAGUCAAGUGAAUAAUGUUGAAGGAUAGUUAAAUUAAAAAAUGACUCUAUCCGAAUAUUCACAGCUAAAGCAACAAGUUCUGCUUGAUGUAAGUAAAAGUGAUAACCAUGCCUAUUUAUUGGAUAAAUUAAAACAAUAUUAUAAAGAUGAUAUAGACUCGGAUAGGAGAUUUGAAAAAAUAUUUACAAUGAGUCAAUUGCUGAGAGUAUUGGAGAUACGCGAUGUACUUUCAGAGGAUAAUGUAGCACCUUUAAAGGAAAUAGCUAGACGUUUAAACAAUAAUGAGCUGUUAAAAAGAAUAAACUGCUAUGAAACUAACCAUGUUGAAAGAGAAUAUAUUAAUUACUACUCUAUGGAUAAUACAGACAAUACAUCAAAGAAUGAUAUUAAAGAAGUUUAUAAUUAUGCCCAUCCCUACGCUAACAUUAGUAUAAUUAAAAAAAAUAGAAUUAAUAAUCAAAUUGUAGAAGGAAUCGGAAGUUUUUGGCGGGCACUAGGACGAAAUCUUAAAAUACCAGAAGGUAAAAUAGAUGAUAUUGAUCUGAAUCACCAAUAUGUGGCUGAUAAAGUUUUGGAGAUACUGGAUAUAUAUUACAACCAAAAAGCAGAUCCGCAGAGAUGGUUUUUUGACCUUUGUAAUGCUUUAGAGAAAGCCAGAAGAAAAGAUAUAAGUAAAUCACUGCAAAAUAUUAUGGCAAUGAACAUUUAAUGUCGCUUAGGCAUUUAAGUAAAAAAUAACAAUUUUAAGGAAAACAAAUAUAUUAGAAAGUAUACUACAAUUUUUUGAUAAGUAUUAAGAUGUAGUUUUUUAAUGAAGAUUAUUUUACUUAUGAUCAUAAAGAAAUCUGAAAA